CUUCCAUUCGUCUGGUUGGAUCAUCUAACAACUACGAGGGACGCCUUGAGGUCUAUCACAACAGUCAGUGGGGUACUGUCUGCGAUGAUAUAUGGGACAGUGAUAACAACGGUGCUACGGUCGCCUGCAGUCAGCUGGGUUUCAGUGGUGUCCAGUCCUACAACACCAAAACCUUUGGCGAGGGAAUUGACCCUAUUUGGCUUGAUGAUGUCACGUGCAACGGUAACGAGACACGGAUACAGGACUGUUCACGCUACGGUGGAUUAUGGGGAAAUCAUAAUUGUGCUCACAGUGAAGAUGUAGGAAUUAUAUGUAGCCCAUAAGAAGGAAACUAAAAAGCAAGAUUUUUGUUUUGUUUGCUUGAGAAAUUCUGAUCUCAUCAUAUCAUUCUAGCCUACUCCGCAGGCAACUCUAUAACUCCUAUUCUUUUAAUUUACGAACGGUUGGGCUUCCUUUGGUGAGAGGCGGGGAGACUUGGGGCGAGAGAAGAAAGAGGAGGAUUUCAUCUCUCCUUCCUUUUUUCUUCCCCACCCCCACCCUCCUUCGUCUUUUGUAUAUUUGUUCCCAGACUUCUUCUUUGGUGAGAGGCGGGGAGACUUGGGGCGAGAGAAGAAAGAGGAGGAGUUCAUCUCUCCUUCCUUUUUUCUUCCCCACCCCCCACCCCCCUUCGUCUUUUGUAUAUUUAUUCCCAGACUUCUUCAGAGAUAGAGAGGGAGUAUGAGAGAUGCCUGGGGAGGAGGCUAAUACCAUUUAUUCAGUUAGACAUUUUUUCUUGUAGUUUUAUGAGGGUGUUAUAGUACCCGCUUCAAUGGUAAACUAGACACAUUAGAUAGCUGUGUAAACUCGCACUCUUUUCAUUCAGAUUUUUAUUUUUGUAGUAUUAACUUUAUGUUAAGCCGAUAACUUUUUUAAAAUAGGUGGUGAAUGUGUGCAUUAAAAAUUACUGCAUGGCAAA